AUUACAGACACAUAUUCUCUCUUAAUAAUCUCACUCUCCUAGGUCUCUUUCUCUUCAAAAACACCAAAAACAAUCCUCCCUUUUCCCACCUCUUUUAACACUUUCUUUUCCUUGUCCACCAAGCCAAAAACACUCAUUUUCUCCCUCCUCAAUCUUCCUCAUCUUUCAUUACAUAACAUAACAAAAAAUGGCACUUUUGCUAGACCAUUGCGACGGCAUUAUACUGUCAUUAGACACUACUAAAUCAGUUCCUGCUCCUUUUCUUACUAAAACUUAUCAUUUGGUAGAUGACCCUUCUACCGAUCACGUCGUCUCUUGGGGUGAAGAUGACUCCACUUUCGUCGUCUGGCGUCCACCUGAAUUCGCUCGUGACCUCCUUCCUAAGUACUUUAAGCACAACAACUUUUCCAGCUUCGUCCGCCAACUUAACACUUAUGGUUUUAGGAAGAUAGUACCAGACAGAUGGGAGUUCGCCAAUGAAUUCUUCAAAAGAGGAGAAAAACACUUACUAUGCGACAUCCACCGCAGAAAAACAGGCCAACAUCAACAAAGCAACACCCAUUGCAGCAGCAACACAACUCAUUUAAACUUCAGCCACCCUGGUGCAAACGCAUACUUAGCCGCUUGCUUCCCAGGCGGCAACCGAGUAAGCCUCUCACCACCAAACUCCGACUCCGCAGACGAUUACAUCGAAUGCGACAACAACAAUAACAACAACAACAACAACAACAUUCAUCAUGGAAACAACUUAGACUCAUCAUCUCCGUUAUCAUCUUCACCUGCCUCUUCAAAAUGCUCGUACGCCGAUGCACUCACUACACUUUCUGAAGACAACGAGCGCCUACGACGGUCCAAUACAAUGCUAAUGUCGGAGCUUGCGCACAUGAGGAAACUAUACAAUGAUAUUAUUUACUUUGUGCAAAAUCAUGUCAAGCCUGUUACUGUUACCACUACUCCAACUAAUAAUUCUUACCCUUCACCACCUUUAGUUACUGCUGUUAAUUCCAUGCCCAAAAAACCAGCUUUGAACUUAAGUCAGUUUAUCAAGAACAGUAAUUUUUCUAGUAGUGAUGAAUUUACCACUGCAACGGCUACUAACAAGGGUAAUUUUUCGAGUUUGGAAGACAAUGAAAGUAGUACUACUACAACUACAUGCUGUAAAACAAGGUUGUUUGGUGUUCCGAUUCAAUCAAAGAAGAGAUUACACCCAGAUCAGACGGUUGAGAUUAAUUAUAAGGCACGAUCUAUGUUUGGUAAUCAUGAUCGUUUAGGAUUGAAUCUUAUGCCUCCUUCUUCUUCUUCAUUAUCUUAGUUUUUUUUUUUUUUUUUUGAAAAAAGGGUAAAAAGGAAAAGAAAAAAAAAAGGACCUUUGUACGCUUCUGCAGGAUAGGAAGUGGGAUUUUGUCUGUUCUCUGUCAAGGGUCCGAUGAAAGGUGAGUAUGAAAAUGUGAGUAUAUUAUUAUAAUUACUAUGUGAUUUCAUGUACAUAAACUAGUACUUUUAUAAGUAGCAUUAGUACGAGCUUUAUGUUGUUUUCCCUCCUCAAAAGAUUCAUUAAUGCAGGUGGGUUUUUUGUUUUAAAGUAAGGCUUUAAGUAAGUUCCAAAUUGUUUUUUUUUUUUCAUAUAUUGCUUCUUUAGUUCUUUAAACUAGACUUCUUAUUUGCUUUCUGAACAGCUUAUAAUAGAAUACUUUUUUAUUGUUAUAUGAAGUACUAUAGUAUUUGAUUAUGUACCAAUUUAAAUUAUGAGAGAAGUCGUUAUUUUUAAUGCA